AUGCUGAACCCAAACGAAGAAGAAGUGAACACAGAAGAAAUCUCGAUGGCCACAACUUUGGAUUUAAAACCACCACCUCCGUUUGAUGCAGAGGGUGAUAAUUCCUCGCUAGCCCAACGCUGGAAAGAAUGGCGAAAGCGGUUUAAUAUGUAUACAGUAGCUGCCAACAUCAAGGAUGAUGCACAGAAACGCGCAGUGUUAUUGUAUGUAGCUGGCCCGUCGGUUCAUAAAAUAUUCAAAACACUACAAGACAACCGGGACAGAUUUCAAAACAGCUCUAGAGAAGCUCGACGAAUAUUUUCAGCCACAAAAGAACGUAAUAUAUGAACGCUAUGUGUUUAAACAGACACAUCCAACGCCUGGAGAAUCGGUAGACAGCUACAUAACUCGUCUACGUACACUAGCCGAAACGUGUGAAUUCGAAAGCGCCGAGAAUGAAAUACGCGAUCAGUUUGUUAUGACAUGCUCGUCUCAUGGAUUUCGUACGAAGCUUUUACGCGAGACAGAUCUGACAUUGGCUAAGCUUAUUACCAUGGCGCGAGCGAAGGAAUUAGCAGAAAAACAAGCGUCGAAUAUCUCGGGACACAAUAACUCUCGGAACAAUGUUAAUCGUGUAAAAGACGAGGGAAAUGACGAAGCUAAAGACAAGGUAAGACAUGCUAAAUAUGUACUAAAACCACACAAACAAAAUCAAUGCCGAAAUUGUGGAAAUGAAUUUAAACAAGGACAUAAAGAUGUCUGUCCUGCGAAGGGCAAAACCUGUAGAGCUUGUGAAAAGCUCAAUCAUUUCGCUAGAGUUUGUCGAAGUCAAAAAAAUCCCCCAAAAGAUAGUAAGAAAGAUUCGAGAGAGUCUGUUAGAGUUGCACAACAACAAACCCAAAAACAAAGCCCUCCUAAUUCGUCCGACGAUGAGUAUACUUUUGCUGUUUCAUCAUCAAAAAUAACUAACAUUCAAAUACAGAUCAAUGGGACCCCUAUUGCUGUGACUAUCGAUUCAGGAGCGACGACAAAUAUUCUUGAUAGUGAAGCAUUCGCUUGUAUUAGGAAAAGAAAUAAACAUGUACAAUUAGAGCCAACACAAACAAAUAUAUAUGCAUAUAAUGCCGUUCAGCCCUUGCCAUUGCUCGGAAAGUGUCGUUUAGCGGUUGAAUCGAAUGGAAAGCGUACAAUAUCGACGUUUUAUGUUGUCAACGGCAAAGCGGGAUCACUUCUCGGUAAUGAAACAGCCGCAGAGUUAGGCAUUUUAAAAAUAAAAGUUAACGAAGUCUCUAAAUUUCAUAGCAUGAAAACAACCGGAAGUCGAGGUAGGAAUGAAAUCAACACCGGAAGCCACUCAAACGGAAGUGACGCGAACAGUCAAAGUGACUCCGGAAAUCGAGAAAUAAGGGACAGAAAUAGCAUGAAAAACAUUGACAUUAAUACACAAAAAAUUUUAGAUAAAUUUCCAGAACUCUCUGACGGAAUAGGGUGUUUGCAAAAUUAUGAACAGUCAUUGCAUGUUGAUCGUACAGUUACCCCUAUUGCACAACGCCCUCGGAGAGUCCCUUUCCAUUUACGAAAGCAAGUUUCAGAUAAACUAGAAGAAUUACAAAGUCUCGAUAUUAUUGAACCUGCCGAAGGACCUACUUCAUGGGUAUCACCCAUAGUAGCUGCUCCCAAACCACACAAUUCAGAUGAAAUCAGAUUAUGCGGAGAUUACCGUAGAUCAAAUCAGGCAUUGCUAAGGGAGAGACAUCCAAUCCCAACAGUUGAGAGUUAAUGGAAGAAAUAUCUGGUGCUGUCGUGUUUUCUAAGCUAGACCUCAAAGCAGGAUACCAUCAGAUAGUCCUAGAAGAGAACUCGCGUAACAUUACCACUUUUUGCACACACAAGGGGUUGUUUCGGUAUAAACGCCUGCCAUUUGGUCUGUCAUGUGCUUCAGAAGUAUUCCAAAAUGCAAUACAGCAAGCGCUCCAAGGUCUACACGGGGUACGAAAUAUCGCAGAAGAUAUUAUUGUAUGGGGUAAAACCCAAACCCAGCAUGACAAGAAUUUAGAAGCACUGUUACAGCGAUUAGUUGUCAAGAAACUUACAUUAAACCUGGAGAAAUGCAAGUUUAAUCAACCGUCACUUUGGUUCUAUGGCUACAUUCUGUCAAAGGACGGACUGUCAGCAGAUCCAAAGAAAGUCGAGGCAAUUAAAAUUUUCAAAACACCAGCAGAUGUCAGCCAAUUACGCAGUUUCUUAGGUCUGGCCAAUUACUGUUCACGAUUUAUUAAGGACUUCUCCACUCUAACAGCCCCUCUACGUGAAUUAACAACCAAAUCGUGCAAAUGGUCUUGGUCAACUAUGCAUGAGAAAGCUUUCACCAAAGUUAAAAAUGCUAUUGCUUCGGACUGUACGAUGGCAUUUUAUGAUCCAAAUCGACCUACAAAAUUAACAGUGGAUGCAAGUCCUGUCGGACUUGGUGCAGUAUUAGCCCAAACACAAGAAAAUGGGCAAGAUCGCUGCAUAGCGUAUGCUAGUCGUUCCCUAACGCCUGUGGAAGCUCGCUACUCGCAGACCGAAAAAGAAGCAUUGGCUGCAGUGUGGGGUUGUGAACGUUUUCAUCUUUACCUUGUUGGAACACAAUUUGACCUCAUCACUGACCACAACCCAUUGGAAGUCAUUUACAGCCCAAAGUCCAAACCGCCACUCCGGAUAGAACGUUGGUUACUACGAUUGCAACAAUACAAGUUUAAUAUCAAGUAUCGACCAGGUAGCAGAAACCCAGCUGACGUGUUGUCUCGACAACCUUUAUUCACCAACUACAAGUCAAGUACCAUAGCGGAGAAAUAUGUCAAUUUCAUCCAAAGUCACUCGGUUCCUAAAUCUCUCACGCUCGAUGAGAUUCGUAUCGCAACGUUAAAUGAUCCUGAACUGCAGAGAGUAACUAGCGCAGUAAAGGAAGAUCGAUGGAACAAAACAGAUAGUUGUUUAAACCCAUAUCGUAAUCAGCACGAACAGUUGACAGUUUCGCAAUGUGGA